AUGGCUUCUAGCCUGACUGACGGCGUACCCUCCGCCCUGAAUAAACACCUUCCUGGCCGAGGCGUCGUAGCCACCCAGGAGCCCCUAUCCUCUUCCUUACCCGCCAAAUCCACCCACAACGACCCCUUUGCUCACCUUCCCCCAUACACGCCGCGCAACAAAGGCCUUGUCUCUCACUUGCCUUCGGCCCUUGUUCCCUUCGCAGAAUUGAUGCGCCUGCACAAGCCUGCCGGCUACUACGCAUUCUACUUCCCUCACCUGUCUGGGACAUUUAUAGCUGCUAUUCUCUCUCCCGCGGCCCCCUCCAUUUCCUCACUUACAUACGUGUGCGCUGUUCACGCGGUAGGAAACCUCUUCCUCCGUGGCGCAGCCUCUACAUGGAAUGAUACCCUCGAUGCGCCCUUGGAUCGGCAGGUGGCGCGGUGUCGACACCGACCUGUAGCCCGCGGGGCUGUAAGCCCCACAACGGCUCACAUUUUCACCAUCGCCCAGACGGCGGUAUGGAUUCUCACUCUGUCCUGGCUACCGUGGGAGUGCAGCUUGCCUGCCUCGCUCUUCGCGCUAACCAUGGCGGUAUAUCCAUUUUGUAAGCGCGUCACAAAUUUCCCACAAGUGGUGCUCGGCUUCUCGCUCGGUUUCGGGCAAAUCAUAGGCAUGACAUCUCUCGGUCUCAACCCGUUCUCUCGAACAAGCCCACAUGUCCGGGCGGCUUUGGCGUGCGUUUACCUCUCAACUGUGGUCAACGCCAUGAUCUACGACACCAUCUACGCACAUCAAGAUCUAAAGGACGACCUGAAAGCGGGGGUGAUGAGCAUGGCCGUCGCAUGUACUCCGCACACGAAGAAGGUGCUGUCGGUCCUAAGUGUGGUGAAGAUCGCCCUGCUGGCGAGCACGGGGUAUCUGCUCGGUUUUGGGGGAUGCUUCUGGGCCGUGGCGGUAGGCGGUACGGUGGCUGUGUUGGGAUGGAUGAUUGCCACGGUCAGGUUGGAGGAGCCGGCGGAUUGUUGGAAGUGGUUCAAAUGGUGUAUCUGGUUUACCGGGGGAACUCUUUGCUUGGGCUUGCUUGGCGAGCAUGCUAUGCGGGCCUGA